AUGCGCAUACUUUGCUUGCACGGACGUGGCUCUAACAAUGAGAUCUUUCGUAUGCAGACAGCGGCGAUCAGAGCGGACUUAGAAGACUUCGAAUGGGAGUUUGUCCAAGGGACCUUUAGGCACACUGAAGGCAACUGGUCUCUCUACACCACGUCUUUCUCGAAGCUACCGCUCUAUGGCUACUACUACCCGCUUGACCCCGCCUCCGUUCUCCAAGCGGAAGAGGACCUUUUUGCCAUAAUCCGAGAAGAAGGCCCAUUUGAUGGGAUACUUGGGUACUCUGGAGGCGCGUCCUUGGCCGCGCAGCUCAUCAUCAAGGAUCGAAUGGAGAAUCCCCUUGCCCUUCCACAUGAGCGGGCUUUUCGAUUCGCCAUCUUUAUCAAUGCAGCAUCGCCACUCAACUGUUUCUCACUUGACGACUAUGCUGAAAGCGAUUUGGUUAUUCAUGACACUAUCAAAGGAAGCAUUGCAGAGGAAGCAGCAGAUAUUGUCAUGAGACCUUCGGCCCUGCGCAAGAAGGCAGGUAUUGAGAAUGAAGAUCAACCUGAUGUGAAUGCUGUGAAGGCAGCGUUCGCCAGGUUGAAGGGUGUUACGCUGCCCGAUGGCAGUCUGGGCUUUACGGAUGGUGAAUACGGCAUGGUAAGAUACAACGCGGUGAGCGAGGAUAUCUUGAUCGACAUUCCAACUCUCCAUGUUCGCUGCCCGGCCGAGCACAGACAUCAUGGGUUGCAUCUUUAUGAGAUGUGUGAGCCUAGCACAGCUCUGGAAUAUCAUCAUGAGCAUGACCAUGAUUUCCCUAGAGGCAGAACUGAGAUGAAGCGGAUAGCCGAGCUUAUUAGAGAAGUAGCGGAUAGUGCAUAG